UUAAUAAUAAUUAUAAACAAAAUAAACAUCUCAGCCGAUAAAAUAGACAUUAAUACGAACAAGGUUACCGUUUGAUUGUCUUAUCGAUUUAAUAAUUCGAUGUAAUAUAUACAACACACACAUAUUUUUCUGAUAUCAAACAAAAAAAAAAAAAUGAUAUGAAAGUUUAGUUGGUUAGUAAUGAAGCAGCCAAAUAGUAGCAUCACAUGUCACCAAAAAAAAAAAUUAAUCACAGUGGGGUCAAAAAAAUAAGUAACGACCUCGACAAAGAGUAUAUUGCAUAAAAAUUUUCCGUCAAAUAAAUUUAUGUACUCACAACUACAUGAGGAUAUAUAAAAUUACGUUAAAUUAAAAAUAAAAAAAAAAAAACAAAGUGCAAGACAACAUAAACAAUUUUACGCAGCAUGAUAAAAAAAAGGGGGUUAUAUACAGUGGAAUCCCUGACGAUGUACAUUUGGGCGCCGUAAAGUCUGGUACAACCUGGUCAAAUAUUCAAAGAGACGCAUCUAUGGUUACACGACCAUUUGGGGCGCCAAGCGCGACUCUGAUCGAGGGCCUUUCAAGAACUUCCAUAGUAGGAGUGGUUGAUGGUAUGAGAUGGAAUAUAUGAGGGGAAAAAAUAUAACCGGACGGAGAAUUGAACAGGGCAAAACUAUGGUUAAAGAAGAGAGAAAACAGAGGAGACGGGUGUCUGUAGGCGGUGGACAUCGGGGGCCUCACACGGGCCACAUUCCAGUGGAACUGGAGUUUUCAAACAUGGCUACCCGCGUGAAUGUUCCAACAAGAGAGGUGGAUAAAAAAUAUAGUAGAAAAAAAAAAUUAAAGCAUUUAUUCUAUGAAGAGAGAUUAUAAAUGACUGAAAAAUAUGAGACACCCGAGGAUAUUGUGGAGUGGACUCAAGAUGGUAUACAUAAACGUUAUCAAGAUACUGCUAUGAUUAUAUUUAAGGAACAACAAAUGAAAAAUGAUACUAUGAAUUACGUGACAAUUGGAAGUAGCCGUAGGACAAUUGAAUAUAGCAAUUAUGGAAAUCAACCUGUAAUUGUACGAAGACCUACGGCAUUAGUUACACAACAAGAUAGUGAAGAUAUAAUAACUAAAAAUCUGCUCAAAUUGUACAAAAAACCGCGAGAUAAUUGCACAAUAAGUUAACAUAUGUUUUGAAGAAAAAACAAAGUACUCUUUUUUGAUUUUUUUUCUUUUUAUAUAUUCAUUUUUUUUAUAAAAAUCUUAAUGAUUAUUUUACGUAU